AUGCCAAACUUCCACAAAAUCAGCGCCCACAGAUCCGCCUGCCUCGCGCUGUACAAAGCCCUCCUAAAGCACACCAAGCAUCUCCCCUUCUCCAAAGCCAUCAAGAACCACGCACACAUAGCCAUCACCAAAGGCUUCCGCAAAGGCCGCACUAUCCAAGGCCUGACCAACAUCCGCGCCGCCCUCAAGUCCACCUACGAGACCGAAACGCUCUUCCGCCACGCCGCCACCGGCCACCCCACGCACACCGGCGAACUCCUACAACAACUACACUCCCACCGCGCCCUCAAGCGCACGCAAAAAGCCCUCUCCACCGCGCCCUCCCGGCCACCCCCCACCUUCCCACCGCCCACCCCGCCCACCACCCGCCUUAAGCGUCUCAAGCGUCUCGCGGCCCAGACCGACCCCGUCGCACGCGAGCGGUGGCAACACCACGCCGCAAUCCAUCGCCGCGGCAUACCAAAUCUCGGGAGCUCGUCCGCGUUCCCCGUGUUCCGGCGGCCGGGGAGGGGGCAGAGCGCGGCCAUGGAUAUGACGAUCAAGCGCAAGAUCAUUAAGCGACAGCAGCGGAUGGAUCUUGCCGAGGUGCUGGAGGAGCAUGUUGUUGUUGGGCGGGAGGAGGACGCGUUUGAUCGGUUGUUGAGGGCGGAGGUGGGGUUCGAGGAGGGGGAUGAUGGGGGCGCGAUGUUUGGGCGGGAGGCGGACGCGGCGUGGAAGGAGGUGAAGGCGCGGAUGUGGACUGCUGAGGAGCGGGCGGUGGCGCUGACGAGGAGGUUUGAGGAGAUUAUUGAGCGGGAGAAGAGGAGGAAGGAGGAGGCGGUGAGGGAGUAUAAGAGGGCGAAGAGGCAGCGGUUGAGGCGCGAGAAGAGGGAGAGCGAGGCAAAGGAGGGGGGGAAAGUCAAAGAAUGA